CAUCCUCCGCACACACCUCACAAAGCUGCAACAGAAUCUCAGGAGCCGCUCCAGGAACCAGAACCUGAACCUCAACCUCGGACCCAGAACCAGAACCAGAACCAGAACCUGAACCAGAACCUCGGACCCAGGACUCGGACCCAGAACCAGGACCAGAACCAGAACCAGAACCAGAACCAGAACCAGGACUGCGGGAUGUCUGCGAUCUGAAGCGGCCCGUGAACCAGCAGAGAACCGUCAUGACCAGGUCCGUGUGCGAGGAACAGCAGGGGCCCCGGGAGCCCCGGGAACCCCGGGAGCCGCAGGGGCCGCAGGGGCCGCAGGGGCCCCGGGAACCCAGGGAGCUCAGCACGGGGCUCACGGAGCCCAGGGGCCCCACGGAGCGCCAGGAGCCCCGCCAGGAGCCCCGCCAGGAGCCCCGCCAGGAGCCCCGCCAGGAGCCGCUUAGCCCCGCCGGCAGGGACCCGGAGAGCGGCGGGGCCGCGGGGGCCCUGGCGGGGGAGGAAGAGGAGGAGGAAGAGCAGUUCCAUCUGGAGGAGGAUGAGGAAGAGGAUGAUGAUGAGGAGAUGAUGGAGGAGGAGGAGGACGAGGAGGAAGAAGGAGAGAACAAACCCAAGAGGAGAGGACCGAAGAAGAAGAAGAUGACGAAGGCUCGCAUGCAGAGGUUCAAGAUCCGCCGGAUGAAGGCGAACGCCCGGGAGAGGAACCGCAUGCACGGCCUGAACGACGCCCUGGAGAGUCUGAGGAAAGUCGUCCCCUGCUACUCCAAAACACAGAAGCUGUCCAAGAUCGAGACGCUGCGUCUCGCCAAGAACUACAUCUGGGCCCUGAGCGAGGUGCUGCGCUCCGGCAAGGCCCCCGACCUCAUGAGCUUCGUCCAGGCGCUCUGCAAAGGUCUGUCCCAGCCCACCACCAACCUGGUAGCCGGCUGCCUCCAGCUGAACCCGCGGACCUUCCUGCCGGAGCAGACGCCGGAGCUGCCGGCCCACCUGCCCCCCCCCAGCGCCGGCUCGUACCCGGGACACUUCUACCAGAGCCCGGGGCUGACGGCCGGCCUGCCCAGCCCGCCCUACGGCUCCAUGGACCCGGCCCAGCUCUUCCACCAGGUCAAGGGUCAGCCCUACGGCCCGCUGGAGCCGUUCUUUGACGGCGUGCUGGUGCCGGACGGCCCGGCCUUCGACCCGCCGCUCAGCCCGCCGCUCAGCAUCAACGGGAACUUCUCCUCGUCCUUCAAGCACGAGGCCGGCGCCGCGGCCGACUACGACAAGAGCUUCCCCUUCGCCGUGCACUACGGCGGCGCCGGCGGGCCCGGGCUGUACGGCGGCGGCGCGGGGCCCAACACGCGGUGCGGGGACCUGCAGGUGGAGCAGCUCAUGGGCUUUGACGGACACUCGCACCACGAGAGGAUGAUGAACGCUCAGCUCAACGCCAUCUUCCACGAGUCCUGAGGGACAGGAGGACGGACGGACAGACGGACUUCUAUCCGUUCAUAUAGUCCAAGGGCCAGAGACAAAAUACCACUCAAGGUGACAAAACUUACUUAUCAUUUUUGAAAAGAUCCAUGCCACUCAGGAAGGUUUUCAUACCAGAAUAUCAUCUACAGACAUGGAUCUUUUCAACAAUCCUAAGCAGGUUUUGUCACCGUGAGUGGUUCUGAUCUCUGGUCUGGAACACGGACUAAUAGCUGUGUCUGUUUCUCAGCGACGCUGGUGUCACACAAUCAUACAACCUUUAUAGAGAAACGCUCUUAUCAUCCACGACUUCUGAAUAAUCAAUAAUCAAUGAGCAAUAAUCUGGAGAAAACUAUGCAAUUUUGUGAAAGCUGAGCGACGCUCAGCGGAUAAUUCCAAAUGUUGAGGAAUAAAGAUGUGUCUAUUUUUGGGUGGACGUGCGAGGCGACGGGAGGAAAAGUGUUCAUGUUGUUCAUGUGGUUUUUACUUUUUGCUUUUUAUAACGUUCCUGUAGCGUUGUCUUAACAUUUCAUGUGACUCUUGUUCAUAUUUUAUAAGAUAGAUGUUUAUAAGGGCCUUUUAUUAAAGGGAAUUCCACGUGA